AAAGGCGUCCGGGUGGAUGUCGGAGAGCCCCGGGUUGUCCGUCAUCCUCAGCAUCACCAGGCUGGCCAGCGGCCCGAACGUCCGGUCCUCGAUCCGGCGCAAGGUGUUGAAGGAGAGGUCCAGGCCCAGGAGAACAGGAAUUCCAUGCGGCUUUGUGGCCGGGCUCUUGUGCGAGCGUUGGUGUUCACCUGCGGAGGGUCCAGGUGGAGAAGACACCUGGGGGAGGAGGAGAAGGGGUUUCUGCCAGACGACUUCUGGGAAGUCAACGGAGAAGAGCCGGACUUCGUGAAGUCAGGAGAGCUUCCAGGGAUGGACUAUCAUCGCAGGGACCAGGACCAGGCCUUGAUAACAACGUGCUGUCAAAAAGGCUGCCGAAGAAAUGAGCUGUCCAUGCUGUGCUAGAGGGGAAGCUCGUCUAUCAGAUGCCGUCAUAUUUCAGUCACAAAUGUAUCCAUAAUGUUGGGAUUUGCCAUAUAGGAACGAAUAAAAGGCAUCAUGAAUGUUUGUCCAAAGUACUCGUUUAAUGAUUAAGUUGUUCACGAAGAGGAAAGCCUGUAUGUAAAAGUAGUCUGAGAACGGAGCCCAGGGGAGCCCCAAGAUGUAUUUGUUUGCCCAGAUUUGUGAUUGCCAUGGAUUGUUUUGUGGUCGUUUAGAACAGUAAUAAAGAAUUCUACUAAUUUUUCAAGUCUGUCAAUUAGUAUGUUGAGAACAACUUUGUCAAACGCAGCACUGAAAUCAAGUUAUUCCAAGUCAAAAGUUUUAAACUCGUCAACCUAAAGCAGUCUCUGUGUUGUGACGUCGUCUACAGCCUGAAUGAAAAGCACUAAAGAGGUUAUCCUUAUCAUGAGGAGGUACAUUAGAUCAUAAACUGUCUUUUUAAUACUCUUUGAAAUGGUGUAUUGGACAUGGGUCUGUAUUUACUGAUUAUUGGCUUUGAUUUGAGUGAGAGCUUUUACUGCUCCACACGCGGUGAGGAAAAACACUCAUAAAACCUGUUUGGUUUAGACUUUAUGGCCAUCAUUUCCGAUUUAAGACGCCGGGUAGAAGGUUGUACAUCCUGUGUAUGCCAUUUUGUCAUAAAUGAGUUGUGAAGUCAGUUUACCUAAUUUUCAUGCUGUAAAAUGA